AUGAAAGGACAGAAAGGAGAGAAGAACAAACUCCUAACAGGAGGAGACUCACUCAUGGCCUAUGAGACAGAGGAUCAGGAGACUCAAUACUGCUUUCCUGACAUCAACUCAUCAUGUGUCAAGAGGAGAAGCUCCAGUCAUGGAUAUAACAUCAUCUAUGUGUUUGUGUCAUUGCUGUCAGCAUGGACUGUGUUUCUGAACCUGCUGGUGAUCAUCUCCAUCUCUCACUUCAAGAAGCUUCACACUCCAACCAACAUGAUUAUUCUCUCUCUGGCUGUAACUGAUCUACUUAUUGGACUCGUCAUGCCUGUAGAGGCCAUCAGACUGAUUGAGACAUGUUGGUAUUUUGGAGACACUUUCUGUGGACUCUAUUUAUUAUUUGUGUCAAUACUUCUCUCAGCAUCGCUUGGUAAUUUAGUUUUAUUAGCUGUUGAUCGUUAUGUGGCUGUGUGUCACCCUCUACAGUACCCACAGAAAAUAACCACCACUAAAACGUUAAUGAGUAUCUGUCUGAGCUGGCUUUGCUUGUCAGCUUAUAAUACUGCCAUUGUAAUUAAUAAUGGAUAUUUUGACUCUUCACGCAGAACAGAUGUGUGUUAUGGUCGGUGUUUAAUCAUGGUGAGUUUUAGCUGGAUAGUCACUGAUCUGUGCAUGUCUUGUAUUUUUCCAUGCACCCUGAUCAUAAUGUUAUAUUUGAGGAUUUUCUUUGUAGUCCAUCAGCAAGUAAAAGUUAUAAAUUCUCUAAUUACAGGUGGUAAAUGUGUAACGGAGGGUUCAGUGCAGAGGAAAUCUGAGAGUAAAGCUGCUCUGACUUUAGGAAUCAUUGUGUCAGUUUAUCUGCUUUGCUAUAUUCCUUACUAUAUCUGCUCUCUAACUGAAAUCCCAUCCACAGCAAUGAAUGUUUUAAUAUGGGCUGUCCAUUCUAACUCAGGUCUGAAUCCUCUGGUUUAUGCUUUGUUUUACCGCUGGUUUAAAAAGACAGCAAAACUCAUCCUUACGUUGGAAAUAUUUCAGCCUGCAUCCUCUUGGAUUAAUAUUUUUACAGAAAAUUAAUUAUUAUUACUUGCAAAGCUGUCACUAAUAAAGAUAGAUAUUAUAAUAUUUAUAUUUGUAAUUUUCCCUACUCAUGUCACAUAGAGCUUAUGUAAACCUGUAAACUUGAUGUUUAGGUAACUUAUGAUGUACUGCUGUAAAAACAAGAUAAAGAUGUGUGACAGUAGUAUCCAUUAUUACCUGUGUGAAUCAGAUAUGGUGUGGGGGUUUGUGCCUCCGCUUGUUUUAUGCUUAAUGUUAUAUAAUAAUAUGCAUAACUGCUAUAAAAAUUAUUUUCGCAAGCAAUAAACACUGUUACGAAAAAAUCACCUGUUUAUUAAUAAUAAACUUUAAACUUGCUUUUUCUGUAUUUAAAAAA